CGCGCCCACACUAUGCACGCGCAGUUCCAAACUUCGGCGCAGCGCGUUUCCGCGCAGCCAGCUGCCUCUUCACGGAGAGCCGCCCGCCCCCGCGCGCGCGCCCUCCGCGCCGCGACCGUCGCCUUCGUCUUCGCCCUCACCGCGCCAUAUCUCGCCGCGGCGUCCCCACUCCCCUUCCCCACGCGGUCGGGUCACGACCCACAUCCCCCCACCACCCAGGAGCGCGAUACGACAUGGACCGAGGCCGCCGUCGUCGGCACCCUCGGCCUCCUCCAGUCCGCGAUCAAGAGUAUCUCGCGCUUGCACAGCGCACGAGACAGGAGAUGGCCACAGCUCCGCGCGGCUUGGUUUGACGACGCACAACAGCUAUACAGGCUGCCUGAGGGUUACGUGAUCCUCCGCCAGACCAUGAGCCCCGGCUUCAUCGUGCUCUCCUACUUUAUAUCACUUGUCGGCGCGCUCUGCACGCUCGAGCUCCUCAUCCGCCGCACCUCGAACCGCGGUCUCUCCAACGUUCUCCUUCUCGCCAGCGCCGGCAUCUGCUUCGGCGCCGUCUCCACCUUCGCCAUGCACUUUGUCGGCAACCAGUCCUUGGCGCUCCACCAUCCCGAGCAGCGCAACGACCCCACCUACCCCAACAUCUACCUCUCGUACCAGGGCGGCUACACCGUGCUCUCUCUCGUCGCGUCGUGCCUCGCCAUGACAUUCGCCUUCUUCGUCAUGGGCACAAACGUACGCAUCUCGCAGUGGAAGCACUGGUGGUACUCAUCCAGCACCUCUGCAGCCGUCAGCGAACCCAAGCUGCGCCGCACCUCGUCGAGCCCCAGCUGGAAGUUGCAAAGUGGUAAAGCCAAGUCUGCUAAUGUCGCGACUAUAUUCCAGCAAGCAGGCAUGGUGCCUUCCUGGUCGCUGGAAGCACCUUGCCGCCGCCACUCCACGGGCGGAUGGAAGGAGAUUCUUAUGUGGCAACACGGACGGCGAUCCUCGACCCCUAUGCCCUCGCGGACAUUCCCCGCCGAUGUCGACGAAGAUACGCUUAUUCAGCAGGACAAGGAGUUGAGCGAGCUCGAGUUUCGCUGCGGCCGCCAGGCGGUGCGUGAUGAGAUCGAGCGGCGCGCGCUCCAGGUCGGCACGCCAUCGUCGUCCCCUGCAGCCUCGCCCGUCUCGCCGGUCUCGCCCUUCGCAGCUUCACAUAUGCAGCAGCUCGGUGCAUCUCCUCUCGCGCGGUAUUAUCCCUCCGGGCAACAGCAGCAGGCGCCACCAGCCUAUCGUUCCCCCUCCCCUGCCUUCGACCCCGGAUACUCCUUCCCGCCCAGAGACUCGACGACGCACCUGAUCAACUCGACCACGUCUUUAAUCCCGCACAACGAGCCACUUGCCCCUCCCCCCGCGUCCCUCGGACUGACUGUCCCGCCCGCUAUCUUGCAGAGCGGCCGUCGCGCCUCUCUUCCAAUCAUCACAACGCCAUUCGCGCCGCGUGUGGCGCAGACGUUGUCUAGAAUUCAGAGCCUCCCUGAACCAGAUCCAGACAUGCCCACAGCGCCACAUGUGGCCCCGCUCGGACAGGUGUCCGACAAGCAUCUCACCGAAGCCUCCGACGACUCCAAGCUCAAGGCCACCAGCUCGGGCACGACAUCGUCCUCGGAUGCCACGACGGGCACCGGCGACGAGUUUGACCCCGCGCCGUACGACGAAGAAGGUGAAAUCAAGAUCAGGGAGGUUGGGUGGCGCCAGCGCCUCCGCCUUAAGAUUCAGACGGGCCUCCCGCUCACCCGCCUCGAGCGUGCACAACGAUUCCUCGGACUCGACGUCGUCACGUGGACAGAGGUGAUCAAGAUCUUCGUCACGGGCAUGGUGGCGGGAUGGGGAGUGGCAGGAAUGCACUACAUCGGCCAAGUGUCUAUCAAUGACAUCCCCUACAUUGCGUACAAGGUCGGCUACAUCGUCGGCUCGAUCAUCAUUGCGUCCGGCGCCGUCAUCAUCGCGCUGUACAUCAUGUUCAUCAUGCUCCGGCCCAAGCUCAAGCACUCGUGGGUGUCCAAGAUCAUGGUCGCCAUCAUCCUCGCCGGCGCCGUGUGUGGAAUGCAUUACACCGGGAUGCGGGGCACGAUCUACGGCUGGGAAGCGGACCGGCGACCGAGCGGCUCGACGUCGAUGAGCGGCACCAAGCGCGCGAUCACGGGCAUCGUCGCGGCGCUGGCGUUCUUCGCGUGUCUCGGCGUCGCGACGUUCAUCGUGAUCAACUCGAUGCGCGACCGCAAAGAGCGUGCGCGGCGGCGCCGCGUCGCUGUCGCGUCGGUGCUGCUCGACAACCACGACCGCAUGCUCGUCAGUGCGAUCGACGGCCUGCUGCCGAUGUGCGACAUUGCGUCGCUCAGCCCCACGGACGAAGCCAAGAAGUGGGCGCUGAACGAGACGGCGUCGUCGAUCGAGUCGAGCGGUCUCGGCGUCGACCUCACGACGCACAACGACGCGUUCCUCCAGGCCAUGAAGAUGACGUGGUCGUGGCGCAACGCGUUUUGGUCGUCGCUCAACCCCUUCGCGUCGGCUUCCGAAGUGGUGGGCGCAAACGGGCUCGAGCUGGCCCCUACCCCGCAGCCUGCGGCCCACCAGCAGCUCGCUCCCCCGCCGCCUACGCCUAUGCACAUGCAGCACCGCGGGUCUGUCGCGACCAACGCUACGACCACGGGAUCCGUUAUAUCGUCCAUGACAGUGUUGACCAAGCUCAACAUUGCGAGAUUUCUCGAAAAGUUUGCCGUUUCCGCGACGCAGCUGUCCGUGCGCCUCACGGGCAAGCAGGAGGGUUUGAAUCGCCUCGGCGUGCUGUACGACAAGAUCCUCACUACGGGCUGGGUGCGUCUGCGCAAUGGCAAAGACACGGUGUCCAAGGGGCAGCUCAUCUUCCUUGUGCGCCGCGUCACGUCGGAAGAGGAGCGAUCCGACCUGCUCUCGCGCCACUUUAUCUUUGCCGAUGCGCCGUCGGUCGCGACGUCGCUGCACAAGACGCUGAGCACACCGUUUGAUGGCGUGCUCCAGUUCCUCGACGACAUGCGGGUGUUCUGCGACCAGACGCUGCGCAUGUCGCUGCGCCCGAACACGCUGUACGCCGGCGUCGCCGUGGUGCAAGCGACGCCGUUUGACGGCCUGCACAUCCUGCUGGACAACGAGGACCGGAGCCAGAUCCCCAUGCGGGAGGUGUGCACGUUCUCGACGCUGCCGGGUCUGCCGGUCGACGUCGCCGACGGGCUGGCCGGCACGCUGCAGGAGAUUGGUGAAGCCGUGACGUGGCUGGACGGCAUGACGCUGCUAAACGUCAUCUCGCGCAACAUGACCCCUGAGAGCGCGCCGCCGCGCGUCGCUCGUCUGCUCGCCGCGCUCGAGAAGGCGAUCGUGCCGCUCCUCGACGACCUCCUUUCGCAAGAGGACAUGGCGUACAUCCUCCCGCGGCUGACGCUGCACCCCGUCCUCGUGCCACUGACGCCGAGCGCGCCCGCACGCGCCGGCUCGCCCGGCUGGGCCGCGCCUCACAUCAUCGUCUUGUACGCCAACUACGACUUUGCGGUCUCGUCCUUUGCGGACCAGUGGCACCCUUUCCCCCUCUUCCGCGCGCAGAACAGCUGCGUCAUGGCCGGCGCGAUCGACCGCAUCUCGCGCGCGGCCGCACACGCGGCGGGCCACUCGCCCACCCCCACGCCCAUGGGCGAGAUGUACGCCCGCCGGCCCAGCAAAGUCCAGUUCGAAGAGCCGUUCGGUGCGUAUGCGUUCCCCGCGCGCGAGCGCGAGCGCGAGCGCGACCGUGACCGCGAGCGCGACGAGUGGAGCCCCCUCGCGGCCAGCCGGGAGCGGCAGCCGCCGCGCCGCAGCUCGCUGUGCAAGACGCCGAGAGAGGUCGACCCCGCCACGCCGAUGCCGUACGAGCGCGGCGUGGCGGCGUGGGACCCGGCGUGGCUCAUUGGGCUGUUGCGCGCGCGGCUGCGUGCGGAUGCUUAGUUUUGGGUAUUUGGGUUUGUAAUGCAUGGUUUCGGACUGG